AUGGCAUCGGUAGAGGAAGCCUUAACGUGCAACGUCUGUGACAGAUCUUUCUCCAGUUUGAAACAGCUGUCCUCGCAUAAACAGAAGAAAAGGCAUUUUGGGUGCUCAGGAUGUGACAGCAUCUUUCCAUCACUGAUGAUGCUAGAACAUCACAAAGAAGAAUUUGAACAUUGGUCAGAUACAGACGAUGAUAUCCUGACAGACUCUGAUGAAGAAGAUACAGUUAUCAGUGAAGAAUGCGAGAGAUUGUUAUAA